CCCGAGCCCGGCAGCGAGCGAGGCAGGCCGGCCCGCACAGGCACACACACGAGGGCACCAGCAAGGCCAGAGGGACAGCCAGCAGGGCACAGCCAGGCGGGCAGGGACCAGCUGGCAGUGGGCGCUUGUGGGUGGCUGGUCUGCCUUCUCCCGGUGUUGCGUGCCUCCGUGUGCCUGCCUGCCCUCCUCCUGUCCCCUGGCUGGCUGCGCGCACGCCCCCAGCACCGACCACCCGCCAAGGCAGCACCGCCCCACCAACACAAAGCAGCGACAGCGCACGCCCAACACGGCAAGGCAGCGAGCGGUUUCCGAGCGAGGUGGUGUUGA